AAUGUUUUUACAGUCUGAAAAAUAUCCCUUGUAUAAGACUUUUAACAUUCUCAUUAUCAUGUAAAUUGUUAGUAAUAAUCAAAACCAUAUAUUUCAACAGGAAUGAUAGAAUUGAACCAAAGGCAUACUGGAAAGUAUCUAAAAAGAAAAAUUUUGGAAAUCCUGGGCAUGUACCAAGUGACGUUAGAUCAAAUUUUUACGGUUACUUGUGACAACGGUGCAAAUAUGAUCGCUACCGUCAAACAAAUGCAAUCAGAUCUUGAAAACUCUUUUAAUUUACCAACGGACGAAGACGAUCACACGGAUACCACCGAGCAGUUGGACUGGAUGAGUUCCCUUGAAAAGGAAUUUUCUAGCACAAUUACGUUGGUGAGAUGCGCCGUGCAUACUUUGCAACUUUCGGUUGCGGAUGUCGUGAAGAAAUUUGAUACUGAAAUACACAAAUGUACUGCAGUGUCGAACAAUUGUCGAAAAAUUGCGUAUAAAGCCAUUUUCAACGAAGAGUCUCUCCCACCACUGUACUCCAAAACAAGAUGGGGUGGUAUCUUUGAGAUGCUCAAACAUUUUUGUGACCACGAAGAUUUAUUUACCGACCUUGGUCAACAGUACCCGGAGCUAGGUAAAAUAUUUUUAAAUUUACACUUUUUCAUUAUUCUAAAAUAG